GGGCGAAGGCAGCCGGGAGACGACAUGGCCUCGCAGAACACGGACCCCGCGGCGGCGGCGGCUGCGACCCGGACCCCGCGCCGGCUCUCUGCCACUCACGGGUGCCCUUCUCUGCCCCGCAGGCUGCAGCAGGAGCUGAUGACGCUGAUGAUGUCCGGCGACAAGGGGAUCUCGGCCUUCCCCGAGUCAGACAAUCUCUUCAAGUGGAUUGGGACCAUCGACGGAGCCGCGGGGACGGUGUAUGAAGACCUGCGCUACAAACUGUCUCUGGAGUUCCCCAGUGGGUACCCCUACAAUGCCCCCAAUGUCAAAUUCCUCACCCCCUGCUACCACCCCAACGUGGACCUGCAGGGCAACAUUUGCCUGGACAUCCUCAAGGACCAGUGGUCAGCCCUCUACGACGUCCGGACUAUCCUGCUGUCCAUCCAGAGCCUGCUGGGGGAGCCCAACAUUGAGAGUCCCCUGAAUACAGAUGCUGCAGAGUUGUGGAAGAACCAAGCAGCCUACAAGAAACGUCUCCAUGAAUUCUAUGCAAAGCACGCGAAAAGCCCGGAUCCCUGACAGGAGCCGCUGGCUGUCUCCACCCUGGGGGUGGCUCUCUUUCCUCUUCCUGUCCCUCUCUGCGCUGACGAUGAAUGCCGGGUUGUAUUAUAAGUUGUUUUUAAUUUUAUUUGGCGGUUUGUGUCUUGCUGGUUAAUGUAUAAAUAAAUGUGUGUCGUGUUUUUUUCUACCUUGGGGGCUUUUCUCGCUUGCACU